AUGGUGUCUCCAGCCUCCUACCAGUAGAUCCUGGAGAGGACCCCCCAACACACACAUCUGAGUAGAAACAAAACAAAACACACACACACAAACAUACCUACACAUUAACCAAGUGCUUACUAUAGACGAGUCACUGUACUUAGCCCUUCACUUGUAAUUAAUACUCAGGAAAAAAACAAAAACAAACAGGGAAAAAACAAACAAACCCGGGGAGAAGAUACUGUUAUUUCCAUAUGACAGAAGAGGAAACUGAGAUUCAGAGAGGGAAUGUCAUCUGCCCCAGUCAGGUGCACAUCUAGCAAAUGACAAACUUAGGACUUGAACUAAGACCCGCCCCCGCCCCCCACGCCCACCCCGACUCCAAAGCCCUAGGCAGCCUCCAGCAUGGGCCCUCAGCUACUGGGUGGAUCCAAGCCCAAUCACUGGAUCCCUGCCCUGGGGCCCACACCCGAAUCGGCACCUUUAAUUCUGCUGGACAACAUUGCUCCCCUUGAUCUAGAAGACCACUUGUUAACUAACUUGGUUACAGGGUGUGUUGAGUUGAUACAAAAAUACAAAUAGUGAUGACAUGACCAUAGUUCUCAUUUAGUCAGUACCCAUUUUACUGGGUGUCAAAACAAAUGUUACUCACUGAACACUCUGUAAAAGAUUGUACUAUUACCCACCUCCCCCGCCCCCCGCCAAUCUUACAGAUGGGGAAACUGAGACUCAGCCAAGGUUGCAGAGCUGGGAUUUGAGCAGGAAUCUGCCUGUCUCCAGUGGCUGCACACUCAUCCACCACAUGGUACCCACCAUCUUCUAAGCCCUACAGUCAUGUACUUCAUGCCCGUGGGAGACCCCCUCAGCCCCCACCAAAGGAGUCCCUGGCUUUUCUUUUCUUUUUUUCCAGUUUAUUUCUUUUUUUUUAAUUUAUUUUUUUAUACAGCAGGUUCUUAGUUAUCUAUUUUAUACAUAUUAGUGUAUAUAUGUUAAUCCCAAUCUCCCAAUUCAUCCCACCACCAACCCUGCACCCCCAGUCCCUUGCUUUUCAACCCUCAGAGCCUUUGUCUAAACCAUACUCGUCAGAUGUACCUAUUGAAAUAAAGAGGGGGAAAAAAUCUGAGCAAAAGUAACUCUAGGGUUGGUUCUGGAACCUCUCUUGAAUGACUUUGCCCUGAGACACCAAGCACAGCUUCUGUGUGCUGGGGUAAUUGGUCCUUCAGUGGGGAGCAGGACCUUGUAAAGCUGCAGAGUGAAUCCGGUACAGAUGCUGCCUCUUACUGACUGCAUGACCUUGGACAAGUCUGUUCCCUUCCCCGAGCCUCACUCUUCUCAUCUGAUAAACGGGCACAACGAUAGCACUUACCUUGUAGGGUUGUGGUGAGAAUUCAAAGAGUAACAUACUUGUAAAAUCUUAGCACAGCGCCUGACACACCACAAACAACUCGGUAAAUGGGAGUGCUUACGUUUAUGAUGAAUAAAACAAAUGCUUUUCCACCAUCUCUGGCUGCUCCAGGCUGCCUUCUCUUGCCAUCCCCUCUUAAAUUCGGCCUCAUUCGGGUGUGGAGCAAGGAUUGUAUGCAGGAUAGCGGGCCUCGUAGCUCCGGGGGUGUUCUGAGCUCCGUAUCCUGAGAAAGGCGGGAGCCGUCGAGCAGAGGAGGUCUACGGGUUGCAGGCCGCCACGACAGGGAACUAUGACUGCGGUGGGCCGAAGGUGCCCCGCACUGGGACCCAGAGGGGCCACUGGAGAGCCGGAGGCUGGCGGGGACUAUGUGAAGUUCUCCAAGGAGAAGUACAUCCUGGACUCAUCGCCUGAGAAAUUGCACAAAGAGUUGGAGGAAGAGCUCAAACUCAGCAGCACGGAUCUCCGCAGCCACGCCUGGUACCAUGGCCGCAUCCCCCGUGAGGUCUCCGAGACCCUGGUGCAGCGCAAUGGUGACUUCCUCAUCCGGGACUCGCUCACCAGCCUGGGCGACUAUGUGCUCACCUGCCGCUGGCGCAACCAGGCCUUGCACUUCAAGAUCAACAAGGUGGUGGUGAAGGCGGGUGAGAGCUACACCCACAUCCAGUACCUGUUCGAGCAGGAGAGCUUCGACCACGUGCCGGCCCUUGUGCGAUAUCACGUGGGCAGCCGCAAGGCUGUGUCAGAGCAGAGUGGAGCCAUCAUCUACUGCCCCGUCAACCGCACCUUCCCGCUGCGCUACCUGGAGGCCUGCUACGGCCUGGGCCAGGGCAGUGGCAAGGCUGCCAGCCCCGCCAGCCCCUCAGGCCCCAAGGGCAGCCACGUGAAGCGGCGCAGCGUCACCAUGACUGACGGGCUCACCGCUGACAAGGUCACCCGCAGUGAUGGCUGCCCCACCAGGUGUCUGCUCCACAGCACAUCACUGCCCCACCCCCGGGAAUCCAUCCGCAACUGUGCACUCAGCAUGGACCAGAUCCCAGACCUGCACUCUCCCGUGUCCCCCAUCUCUGAGAGCCCCAGCUCCCCCGCCUAUAGUACUGUGACCCGUGUCCACACCGCCCCUGCCGCCCCCUCAGCCACAGCGCUGCCUGCCUCCCCUGUCACCCGCCGCUCCAGUGAACCUCAGCUGUGUCCUGGAAGUGCCGGGGAGUCGGACAAGGGCCCUUACUCCAGCCCCCCCCACACCCGCUGCGAGGCCUCCCCAUCACCGUCGCUCAGCAGCUACAGCGACCCGGACUCUGGCCAUUACUGCCAGCUGCAGCCUCCUGUCCGUGGCAGCCGAGAGUGGGCAGCAGCCGAGGCCUCCAGCCGCCAGGCCAGGAGCUAUGGGGAGAGGCUUAAGGAACUGUCAGAAAAUGGGGCCCCCGAAGGGGACUGGGGUAGGACCUUCACAGUCCCCAUCGUGGAAGCCACCUCUUCCUUCAACCCGGCUACCUUCCAGUCACUACUGAUCCCCAAAGAUAACCGGCCACUGGAGAUGGGCCUCCUGCGUAAAGUCAAGGAGCUGCUGGCAGAGGUCGAUGCCCGGACGCUGGCCCAGCAUGUCACCAAGGUUGACUGCCUGGUUGCUAGGAUACUGGGCGUUACCAAGGAGAUGCAGACCCUAAUGGGAGUCCGCUGGGGCAUGGAGCUGCUCACUCUCCCCCAUGGCCGGCAGCUACGACUAGACCUGCUGGAAAGGUUCCACACCAUGUCCAUCAUGCUGGCCGUGGACAUCCUGGGCUGCGCGGGCUCCGCUGAGGAGCGGGCAGCUCUUCUGCACAAGACCAUCCAGCUGGCGGCCGAGCUUCGGGGGACCAUGGGAAACAUGUUCAGCUUCGCUGCAGUCAUGGGCGCCCUGGAUAUGGCCCAGAUUGCCCGGCUGGAGCAGACAUGGGUGACUCUGCGGCAGCGACACACAGAGGGAGCCAUCCUCUACGAGAAGAAGCUCAAGCCAUUUCUCAAGAGCCUCAAUGAAGGCAAAGAAGGCCCGCCGCUGAGCAACACCACAUUUCCUCACGUGCUGCCACUCAUCACUCUGCUGGAGUGUGACUCCGCCCCGGCCGAGGGCCCCGAGCCCUGGGGCAGCACAGAGCACGGCGUGGAGGUGGUGCUGGCCCACCUGGAGGCUGCCCGCACCGUGGCACACCACGGCGGCCUGUAUCACACCAAUGCCGAGGUCAAGCUGCAGGGGUUCCAGGCCCAGCCAGAGCUCCUUGAGGUGUUCAGCACCGAGUUCCAGAUGCGCCUCCUCUGGGGCAGCCAGGGCGCCAGCAGCAGCCAGGCCCGGCGCUAUGAGAAGUUCGACAAGGUCCUCACUGCCCUGUCCCACAAACUGGAGCCUGCCGUCCGCUCUAGCGAGCUGUGACCCCCAUGGACCCUUCCCCUCUGCAGCUGCGGGCAGCAACAGGGACAGAAGGGCACAGACCUUUCCCCAGAGCACCCCAGGGACACUGUGAUCAGCCCGAGAACGUUCUGGGUUCAACUCCAGGAUCUCCCUUGCACCUCCAGGGUCCUACGUGGACUCUGGGCUCCAUCCCACCUGCUACUCACUCACCAAGUUUUCCUUCAGGAAGAACUGGAACCCCUGUUUCUCCCUCCAGCUUCUGCUUCUCCCCUUCCUGCUGAGGUGCCCUGUAUUUGAGCCACGGGAGGCUUCUCACACCUCCUCACUCUUCUCCAGGCACCUGCCCCCGCCCCUUCACUGACACCAAUGCCUCCCUCUGGCUGUAAAUACAUCUGUCUGUUCUGUAAAUAGAUGUACAGAAACCGUGUUCUUUCUUUCAUAUAAUAAACUUUUAUGACUCUUU